AAAACAAAGUCUAUAUUGAAUUUCACUCCCUUUCACUUUUACAUUCUUUUUUAUAUAUAUAUAUAUACAUGUACCAUAAACUUUUUUCUAUUUCUUUUAUGAAGCAAACUACCGAGAAAAGGCUUCAACGUUAUUUUAAAAAAGAAACACGUAUGGAUGAAGGAUUUCAAAAGUCCAAUUCUGUUUUAUACCAUGCCAUAGACUUUAUCUCUUGUCUGCCGAUUGAAAUUGCCUGUCUUAUUCUUUCAUUUUGUGAUAAAAAGUCACUGGUAGAAUCCACGCGUGUAUGCCAGUACUGGCAUGCACUCUGUAAAGAUAAUCAUGUAUGGCGUCAAUUGUAUACGCGACACCAUGGCCCUCUUGCUGGUGUCUGUUCUGAUUACCGAUACCUGUACCAAAAACGACUGAUCCUCAAGGACCGUUGGACACACCCUACUCACCAUGCUCAAAUGCAGACCAUUUUAGGCCAUACAGACAGUAUCUAUUGCGUUCAAUUUGACCAGACCAAGAUGAUCACAGGCAGUCGAGACCGGACUGUCAAGAUAUGGAAUUUCCAUGGUCAGUGUCUCAAGACCUUGGUGGGUCAUCAAGCCAGUGUCCUCUGUCUCCAAUACGACCAAUCUAUAAUAGUGACAGGUUCUUCUGACCAUACCGUGCUUGUGUGGUCUAUGCAGACAUAUCAUGUCUUGUUCUGUCUGAGGGGACAUACCUCGGGUGUACUGGACGUCUGCUUUGAUCAAGAUUGGAUCGCCAGUUGUUCCAAGGACAAUACGAUUCGGUUAUGGGACAGACAGACAGGCCAGCAUAGACAGACACUGAUAGGUCACCGAGGACCAGUGAAUGCGAUUCAGCUCAAGGGACAUCGAUUAGUGUCUGCCUCAGGAGACACAGUCAUCAAAUUAUGGGACAUGACAACAGGGCAAUGUUUACGUGAUUUUGUGGGACAUGCGCAUGGAUUAGCGUGCGUCCAGUUUGAUGGAACCAAGAUUGUGAGUGGGAGUAAUGACAAUAACAUCAAAGUGUGGCAUGCAGAUACGGGUGAAUGUCUACUCACUUGUGAAGGACAUACGGGUCUUGUAAGAUCACUUUAUUUUGACAAGGACAAGAUUGUGAGUGGUAGCUAUGACCAAAGUAUUCGUGUUUGGGAUAUUCAGACAGGUCAAUGCCUUCAAGUAUUUAAAAGGUGUCAUACAAGUUGGGUAUUUGAUGUCAUGUUUGAUGAGACACGCAUUAUUAGUACAAGCCAAGACCAAAAGAUUUUAAUUAUCGAUUUUGCCUAUGAUAUGAAAGAUGUCAAACAUUUAUUUUAUUUGGCUUGAUAAAUGCUUAAUUUCUUGUCUUCACCACCAGCAAGGAUUUGAUCGUAAUCCCAAUAAACACUUAAGAUCUUAUCUGUUUGAUCUACUGUAUAAAGAGGCUCUCUACUACGAAUAUCCCAUACACGUACUGUACCAUCAUAAGAACCUGUGCAUAGUGUAUAUUCGGAUUUCUUUGACCAACAAACAGAAGAAACCCAGGCUGUGUGACCACGGAGACUUGUCUUGACAUUGGUACCAUCUAUCAUAUACAUCAAUCCCAUUGUUCUCUUUUGUCUUUUAUUACCUUCUGAUCUAGGAUCCCAUAAUCGAACCGUAUGAUCUGUAUGACCUGUAGCCAACAGUUUAGCUUGAGCUGAAUAGUCGACAUCUAAAACGACUUUUUCACAAUUCUAUAAAGCGAGUUAGAUUCAUGUUUCCCUGUAGAGAGGCUUACCUUGGUUGUCAAAUUGACUUGCU